CGAAUCCCGGGGAGCAGUAUCCUGCCCAUCCCACGGUGCUUCGCUUUCCAAGAAUACACCUCGGAACGCCACUAAGUAUCGGAACGCUUUGCGAGCGGCCCUUCAGGGACCAUGAUUUCUAUCUUCUGUGCAUGGUCCGCCAUGACUUAGCUGUGCCUUGUGGAUACAACGAGACAAGACAGGUGAUACUGCGCAAAAACACUUCCUGAACCUUACAGUCAUCGUGCACAACGUGUCCACACUCGUUCCAGGAUCGAUUCGCAUGCGAGAAAAUAUCGACUCAAUGCCUUAAGUACAGGGGCAGGUCCGGCGCGUAUGUCAAGGUUCGAUACCCGCAGACUGGUCGACGCGCUCUCCGACUCGAGUUCGGAUGCUAGCAGUCCGUCAUCCACCGCUGCGUCCUCUGUCGAUGGUGACUUGGAGGAGAACCAACUACUGGUGCAUCAAGCACUCGAUGACCGCGAUACGAAAGAUCACGAACUGCAGACCGCCCCCGUAUUCACACGAGAGGCUUAUGCUCGAAGCGGCGGCCCAGACCGCUUCCCACAGCGGGGACUUCUUGGUUCUGUUGUUCGAGUGUAUGAUGGAUCAGGUCCUUGUACAAAGGACAUUGCCGGUGACAAAAGAAUCUACCUCAAUACGAAUGCUCCCUUCUCGGCCCUGGUAUGCGGUGUCCAGGGAUCGGGGAAGUCGCACACCACUUCUGUCAUGCUCGAGAAUAUGCUCGUCCCGAGCUAUUCUGCGAUUGGCCAAUUGAAGAAACCGCUAGCAGGCCUUGUCCUUCACUUCGGUGAAGGAGGUGCCUACUCUCAACCGUGCGAAGCCGCAUGGGUUGGUAUUACUGAUAACACAGCGAUCGAGCCGCCCCCGGUGGUCGUGUAUGUAUCCAAAUCGUCCUUGAACACGAUGAAGAAGGUGUAUGCCCGCCUGGGGCCAUCUGUGGUCGUGAGGGCGCUCAAGUUCAGCGAGGAGGAGCUCGACGCCCAGGCAUUCUUAUCCAUGAUGGCGAUUGGUGCAUCUGACCAUGUCCCGCUGUACAUGCAGACAGUGCUGUCGAUCCUCCGCGAACUCGGCGAGAAGUACACGUACCACAACUUCAAGAUGGCGCUCGAGCAGAAGAAGAGCAAGUUCAACCCCGCCCAGCUUGCGGGCCUCGAACAGCGCACCGCGCUGCUUGAAGCGUUCUUGGACAAGAAAGGUCCAGGAAAGUUCCAUGUAGCGCCUGCGCGGUUUGCGCCCGGACAACUCACUAUCAUCGACUUGUCCGACCCUUUCAUCGACCCAGCGUCGGCGUGUGGUUUCUUCGAGAUCCUCGUGAGGCUGUUCGUUCGCGCGCAGGUCGACACGGGGAAGGUGCUUGUGGUGGAUGAGGCCCACAAGUACCUGGUAGCGACCAAGACCUCGUCCGGACUUACGAAGGAACUGCUGUCUCUCAUUCGCCAGCAACGUCAUCAAGCAAUGCGAGUUAUCAUUAGCACCCAAGAACCUACCGUCGUCCCUCCCGUGUUGCUCGAGCUGUGCGGCGUGACGAUUUUGCAUCGUUUCUCCUCUCCCGCUUGGUGGGAGCACGUCGCCAAGCACGUCUCCGCCGAUAUCGACUCGAAGGCGGCCUUCGACACCAUCGUGAAUCUGCAGACCGGCCAAGCAGUGCUGCUUGCUCCGACGGGACUAGGGACUACUCGGGACUUGGCGGAUAAAGCGGCAGACGACGGACGGAGGGUCCUGUCCUCAUUCGGACGCAAGUGCGUCUUGAUCAAGACCAGACUGCGCAUCACCAAAGAUGGGGGCGCGUCGCUGCUGGUGGUCCCGUCGUCGUGAGGUUUACGAGUGGACUGCUCAUCGCGUCAUGUCCGAGUCUGAGUUGCUGUUUCGUGAUGUUCCAGUCGAUCUAUGAGUUAGUGUAUAUGCGGAGAGAGGGAGUUCUAUCAUGGUCGUUCUUACGUGUCUAAUCUGAUUUCUUGAGUUGUUGGUUCGACGUGCGUACGACUGCGGGCCAGCUAAGCAGGAUGCCAACAUAUUAC